UCCCCGGGCGGUAAAAAGGGGGCCCUACCAGUGCCUGCCAGAGAUGUCGCUUUCCUAGCUGGGCAGUGGUAGUGCCCCUGGAGUAAUGACCCAUUCAGUCACCUCCCCCGGACAGGAGACAAGUCCAGGCUGGGAGUUAGGAAGCUUGGGCUCUAAUCCAGGUUUCGCCAUCUCCUCCGCUAAGUGACGUCCGGCAAACCACUUCACUCUCGGAGCCUCAAAUUUCCUCACCUGUAAAACAGGCAUAAUAAAAACAGCUACGGCGCAAGACUGUUGUGAGGCACACAGAAAGGGCUUGGUCUUUGAACACUCCGAAGCUCCGGGUUCCAAGUUCUGGACCUUCAUCUCCCUCACAGUUGAGGGAUGCCCAAGGAAACAGAACAGGGUGAAUUUUCUUGAAAUUCCAGUUUGGGGAAGACCUAAGUAGCAACGAGGCGCGUCCUUCCGCUCUUCUGGAGCUCCAAUACUUCCAGCGGUUAGACCGGAAGAGCCGAGGCGGGCUCUGCGCCCAAAGCUACCUGGGUAAGGCACAAGAUGGCUGCUCCCACCCUGGAACCCGUGUGAGACCAGCGGAGACGGUCCCUGUUGUCAUCUCCUUGACGACUACGUCUGGUCUUCAUUGUUCGGCUUGUUUGGUGCGCUGUCGAGGGGGAAAGACUACAGCAAUGGCUGGGAGCCUGUCUCGGGGGGCAGGUAGGGGCUUGUGGGGCUGGGUGCCCCUAGCCUGCAGAAGCUUCUCUCUGGGGGUUCCUGGGUUGUUCCGUAUAAGGCACACCCUCCCGCCGCCCAAAGUGGUUGAUCGUUGGAACGAGAAGAGAGCGAUGUUCGGAGUGUAUGACAACAUCGGGAUCACAGGAAACUUUGAAAAGCACCCAAAAGAACUGAUCAAGGGCCCCAGGUGGCUUCGAGGCUGGAAGGGGAAUGAAUUGCAGCGUUGUAUCCGAAAGAAGAAAAUGGUUGGAAACCGCAUGUUCAUUGAUGACCUGCACAACCUUAAUAAACGCAUCAGCUAUCUGUACAAACAUUUUAACCGACAUGGGAAAUACCGGUAGAAGAGAAAGCAGGGAACCGUGGAAGAGGCACAUGUAUCACCUUGGAGAAGGGGAUACUUUUUCCUAGGAGGAAAGGGCUUUGUAUGCUCUGUAAUAAAAUGGAGCUUCUUUGGAA